GUACAUGACUUGUUUUAUAACCCUGCUUGUUUCACAUUGUUUAGUUGCUUCCUCAUGACUAGAAGAUAGAAAUCGUUUGAAUCAAGUUAUGCCGGUUUAAACAAGUAUAUCCUCGUAACCUCGUUGAAGAACAAGUAACUGCGCCUGAAAAUGGAGUUGAGCUGAUUCAGUUGCUUGCUGCAGUUGAGGAUUCUUAUGAGGGGUUUUUGACAUGAAGGAUCAUCAGCCCUUGGAUUCUGAGGUUCUUUCUUCUUUGCUCAGAGGUUCAAUGUCACAAUGGAAGCAGAAGGGGAAGGGAAUUUGGAUUAAGGUGGCAAUUCAAGUUUUGAUUUUUGUUGAUGCUGCAGUAAGGUACACAAGAAAGUAUACAGGGACACACCUUCAGUAUCAACAUCGUGGAUGCUGAUUGAGGACUAUGCAGCUCAACCUUUCGUCAAAAAACACAAACUGUUUCAUGAUGUAGCACAGAUAUGUUUGGUGAAAUUGGAUCAGGACUAUGCCGGUUUUACUUCUCAGGCCACAACUACUUCCUCUGGACAUACAAGCUACUUGUACUUCAACAACCGCGAUAAAGGAAACCUAUGAACUUCUGUUAAUCAUCUCCAACUCCAUAACAUAAUUGCGAGAGCACUCAUAUUGGAUCUCUAUGGUAG